GGCAGGGGGCGCGCAUCCGGCGCACCUCGGCCAGCUCGGCACCUUUGGGGGCCUGUGCGGCCCGGUGUGACUGGAAGGAAAAUGGAGCAAGACGCCUAGCCUGAGGGGUAGCUCUUACCCCUCUGACCGAGGUCCUGCCGCUUUCGCCGCUAGGAACCUCCUUCUUCUCCGGAUCUAGUGCGUUCGAGCGCCCCGGCGGCCUGGGCCCGGCGAGUGGAAUGGUCGCCGAGGCCCAGGGCGUCGGGCUUCCGCGCGCCCCGUGACGGGAACUAGGAAGCCUCGAGGGACGGCUCCCUCACCCACCCCGCCGACUCCAGGCGCGGCAAACCCCAAUUAGUGAGCAGCAGCUUGUAUCUACCGGGCGCUACGUCUGGGCGAGAUUGGACUGGUACUGGGGGCAGGUUGACUCAGCUUUUUCUGUGGGGCUGGUCAAGUUCGGACACGUUCCGCGUCGGCAGUGGAAGGAGCUAAGCCCUGACUUGUCUCCAGCUGGGGCUAUUUAAACCAUGCCUUUCCCCAGCUGUAUUCACUGGCUGUUUGAGAGAGAGAGCCUGUGGUCACCGAGCUGUAGCAUUUUCUGCUGAUCCAGGCAAAUGUGCAAUACCAACAUGUCUGUGUCUACUGAUGGUGCUGUAAGCACCUCACAGAUUCCAGCUUCGGAACAAGAGACCCUGGUUAGACCAAAGCCAUUGCUUUUGAAGUUGUUGAAGUCUGUUGGUGCACAGAAGGACACCUAUACUAUGAAAGAGGUUAUAUUUUAUCUUGGCCAGUAUAUUAUGACUAAACGAUUAUAUGAUGAGAAACAACAGCAUAUUGUGUAUUGUUCAAAUGAUCUUCUAGGGGAUUUGUUUGGAGUGCCAAGCUUCUCUGUGAAAGAGCACAGGAAAAUAUAUACAAUGAUUUAUAGAAACUUGGUGGUAGUCAAUCAGCAGGAACCAUCAGAUUCAGGCACAUCUGUGAGUGAAAACAGGUGUCACCUUGAAGGUGGGAGUGUUCAAAAGGACCUUGUGCAAGAGCUACAGGAAGAGAAACCUUCAUCUUCAGAUUUGGUUUCUAGACCGUCUACCUCAUCUAGAAGGAGAGCAGUUAGUGAGACAGAAGAAAAUUCAGAUGAAUUACCUGGUGAACGACAAAGAAAGCGCCACAAAUCUGAUAAUAUUUCCCUUUCCUUUGAUGAAAGCCUUGCUCUGUGUGUAAUAAGGGAGAUAUGUUGUGAAAGAAGCAGUAGCAGUGAAUCGACAGGGACUCCGUCAAAUCCGGAUCUUGAUGCUGGUGUAAGUGAACAUUCAGGUGAUUGGUUGGAUCAGGAUUCAGUUUCAGAUCAAUUCAGUGUAGAAUUUGAAGUUGAGUCUCUUGAUUCAGAAGAUUAUAGCCUUAGUGAAGAAGGACAAGAACUCUCAGAUGAAGAUGAUGAGGUAUAUCGAGUUACUGUGUAUCAGGCAGGGGAGAGUGAUACAGAUUCAUUUGAAGAAGAUCCUGAAAUUUCCUUAGCUGACUAUUGGAAGUGUACUUCAUGCAGUGAAAUGAAUCCUCCCCUUCCACCUCAUUGCAACAGAUGUUGGGCCCUUCGUGAAAAUUGGCUUCCUGAAGAUAAAGGGAAAGAUAAAGGGAAAAUGUCUGAGAAAGCCAAACUAGAAAACUCAGCACAAGUAGAAGAGGGCUUUGAUGUCCCUGACUGUAAGAAAUCUACAGUGAAUGAUUCCAAAGAAUCAUGUGUUGAGGAAAAUGAUGAUAAGAUCACACAAGCCUCCCUAUCCCAAGAAAGUGAGGACUAUUCUCAGCCAUCAACUUCUAAUAGUAUCAUUUAUAGUAGCCAAGAAGAUGUCAAAGAGUUUGAGAGGGAAGAAACACAAGACAAAGAAGAAAGUGUGGAAUCUAGUUUUCCUCUUAAUGCCAUUGAACCUUGUGUGAUUUGCCAAGGUCGACCUAAAAAUGGUUGCAUCGUCCAUGGCAAAACAGGACAUCUUAUGGCAUGCUUUACAUGUGCAAAGAAGCUAAAAAAAAGGAAUAAGCCCUGCCCCGUAUGCAGACAACCAAUUCAAAUGAUUGUGCUAACUUAUUUCCCCUAGUUGAACUACCUAUAAAAGUAGAAUUAUAUAUUUCUAACUAUAUAAACCCCAAAAUUUAGACAUGAAAUUUAUUUUUAUUUUUUUAGCUGUAUCAAAGCAAGAAAGUAUCUUACUACAUGUAGAUUUCUCCCAAUAGUGAAUAGUUACUUCCUUUUAGGAAAAUGCCCCUUCUGUUGAUAUUUUAUAUUUGGGUUUUAAUGUAAUUUGGAUUGGAUAUAGAGUUCAUCCUUUGCCCCUCUACCCCUUUUUUUUUUUUUGGGCUGCACUGCUCCGCAUGUGGAUCUUAGUUCCCCAACCAGGGAUCAAACCCGCGCCCCCUGCAGUGGUAGUGCAGAGUCUUAACCACUGUACCAUCAGGGAAAUUCCUACCGCUCAUUAUUUUAAAUAAUUUCCACUUUCUCUUAAAUGAGGAGUAUCUUACCUUUUAAAAAAUAUAUAAGUAGGACAUUUAAAUGUAACUUAUUCAGUACCUUUCAUGUAAGGAGGAAAAGUUCGUGUGAAAGAUUUAAUAUUUAAAUUUUACAUACUCUUAAACUUUCCAAUUCUUAGUUUCUCUAGUCUUUCAGAGCCUCUUAAAAUAUAAGAAGUCCUCUACAUACGAACCUUCAAAUUGCCAACUUUCAAAGAUGUGAACGUGAGCUGGCAUGUCCAGUCACGAAAGUUCACGUGAGUGGAGUACAUUGUCACGUGCGUGCAUCCUCUACAAAUGGUUGUGCUUUUGUGUACUUUACUAUAUAGAGUACAGUAGUAUAGUAUCUUUAUUUCAAGCCCAGGAUGUCUGGAAGCAAGCAUAAAAGCAGCAGUGAUGUAGCUGGUACUGCUGAUGGAAACAAAAGUGAAAAUAAUUGAGAGAGUGGAGUGACAAGAGGAAGAAGUAACAGAAGAACCAAAGAGAUUCACGACGCAGAAAAUGGCAAGGGUUUUUUCUUUAUUUGAGGAGGCACUGUUAGUUUUUGAGGCACAGGACCCGAACAUAGAAUGGUGCACGAAGGUUGCAGCAGCCGUUCAGAAUGCAAUCCAGUGCUACCGUGUUAUCUAUGAGGAGAAAAAAAGAGCUACUACCCAGACAUCAUGGGAUCGUUUUUUCAAGAGGGUAGGUAGAAUUGAAUCCAGCAAGGAACCAGAACCUGUGCCAUCAACGUCAGGUGUGAGUGAAAUUGCAGCUUGCCCUCAUCUCCUGUUGCUGACAAUCCUUCAGCUCUGUCAUCUCCCACCUCUUCUCCCUCCUCCAGUCAGUAACUCUUCUUGCCUGUUCACUUGAUGCUAGCCCCUGUAUGCCAGCUGUUGUACUGUACUACUGUACUUUACAAGAGGCAUGUGAGAAGACAAGGUCUCUGUAGUUAAGCACUUUAACCACCAGGUGGAAGCACCGCAUUGGGAGUUCUCGGACGGCAACCGCCAACUCCUAACUACUGGUACCCAAAACUGGCACCAGAGUGUGGCAUCUUACACCGCUGCUACUGAUAGUCAUAGAAUCACAGUCAAGCAGAGACCUUCAUUUUACAGACCCCUUUCUCCAGUGCUGUGUGGAGGUUGGAUGUGAAGAGGAGAAAGCUGGAAGCAAGAGACCAGUAGAGCUGUUGCCGUGGUACAGGAACUUCUUUCAUGCUUCUCAAGUUUAACUUCUUACAAAUUUCUAAGACUACUUCAAGAUUAAGUGAUUUGGAAACAAACAUUCCUCUUCUUAGGGAAGGACCGUGGAGUUUAUCCAGUCAAGGUCCCACAGAGGGAGUUAGAGUUGCAGUAACCUGGCACGAGUAAGCCCUGAUUCAAGGUGGUGAUGGGGGUUGAGUUUCACAUUUUGCUUUAUUUGAACAAUAUGUGAAAAAGAGUCACUAAAAACAAGAACAGACUGGGCUUUGUUGCAGCUGAGUGGCCUUGCAAAUCUCCGUAAAGAGGAAUCAUUGGACAUAAAGGAUCUGAUUCUGGGAUAUGAUCCAACUGCCCUCUGAAUGGAAGUAAAAUAUCCUUUUUAAGAGCACUGAAGUUCUGGGAUUUUGGGGGAAUAGUCACCUUUGUGAGAUGUGGAUUGUGUCCAGGGACUGUAACCUGAGAGGAAACAAGAAAGUUAUCUGAGUGAUUUCAGAUGUUUUGUGGUGCCAACAGUGAAAAACACUGAUAUCCACCACUAAAAUGCAGCCUUUAUGAAACACAUGUAACAACCUGCCGGGUCUCCCCGGGCUAGAAACAGCUUCAGUCCUGCUCGGUGAAUGAGUUACCAAGUGCCUACUGAUAUGGACCACAGUUGUUAAUGCUGUUGCUGAGAAUUACAAAGUGAAAUAAAGACAGUUCCUUUAUCUGGAGAUGUAAGUCAGAAGCAAUGGACUGAUUUCUGUCCCCAUCGUUUUCAUGGAGCGCAGAGGUAAAGAGUUGACUCUUUCUCUUUGUCUCAAGUCUGUACUUAAUAUCCUGAUUCUGUGUCAAUAUUAUUUAUAAGUGGAAUUUUUUUCUCAAUUUAUUCCAUUUUCCUUGCAGCUGAUCUAAGUGUAUAUAUAAGU